AUGGAAGCGGACCCGGUCCUGACGCAAGAUGAGAUUGAAGAGUACAGUCGUAUCAAAUGCUGUGUGUGCGGGGAAAGAGUGGAUGCUGAUGAGGUUGCAGAGCACUCAAGACGAUGUGUGCUGGAACCAGCCCCAAACCUUCGCCUGCAGCUUGAUAAGUGGAGCAUCAUCUCUGCUAGCAUGACCCCCUCGGAGCAAAGAGCAUUCUUGCACAUGCGACGAACCGAAGAGCUCGCAAAAGUUGAAGAGAUCGAGGCUAGCUUGGCAAAGCGAAUGCCACAGCUAUGGUGGAUGGGUGGUAGAUUUGGCUACAUCAUUAGCUCCAAGUGGUGUCGAUCCUGGCGCAGCUUUGUUGGUGUGGGCCGGCCCACUAUCGAAACUAGGGACCGACCACCGUCCCCUAUCAUCAAUAGUGAUCUCUUUGACAUUGAUGGUACCCUGCGAGGUGGUUUGCAGGAGGGUCUGCAGAAUGACUACCAGAUUCUUGAGCAGCCGAUGUGGGAAUUCUUCAUUCAAGUGUAUGGAGGUGGUCCAACGAUCCUGAGAUACAAUCCAGCAGGGGACAGCCUCAGCCUUGGAGAAUCUCACGCUUGCGAGGUUGCCUUUGAAGGAAAGUGGCGAGACGGUCGACCUGACACGGGCCAUGGCCGCUUGUUCGACCCUUUCAGCGGUCGUGGCUUCGACGGAGAGAUCGCGGAUGGCUUUCUUUGGACUUGUAAGGGCAAAGGGCUUCUGAAGAGCGGGAGCCAUUUUGAAGGUGAAGUUAUCCAAGGCUUGCCUCAAGGCCCAGGCAGGGAGGUUCGGCCAGAUGGGAGCGUGCUUGAGGGGACCUUCGACCGUGGAAAGCUUCAUGGUUUAGGCCGUUUCGUUGACGCACAUGGAAUGGCCCAAGAGGGUGAAUGGGAACAUGGUGAGCUGCAGGGCAUUUAA